GACUCAACCUCCAACACGCGUUUUGGUAUGAUUAGUCGUAAAAAUAAACUCCACUCAAACGUCCUUGGAAAAAUUUCCUAACCGGAGUGAAGUGACCGAACUGUCAAGUUAAGGUACGUCGCGACGUACCUUGAACGUUCCUCAAAACAGCGUUUAAUACAAGAUGACUUCUGAGAGCAGUUUUGAAGAAUUUAUUAACUAUAUUUUUGAUAGCAGAGUGUAUAAUUAUCCGUCGCGAAGGUAUUUGAGAGAUGCAGAUAACCCGUUGGAAGUUUACGAUGACGACGAAUUCCGAAAACGUUACCGGCUUAACAAAGAUUCGGUUGUGCAUAUUUUGCUGCCUUUGUUGACUAACAACAUUAAUGAAAACGAUCGUGGACUACCUUUAACGCCCAUAUUACGAGUGCUAAUUGCUUUGAGAUUUUACGCAACAGGCAAUUUUCAGAUUGUUUGUGGCGACUUGCACAAAAUUUCUCAAUCCGUAGUAUCAAAAACGGUAGCAAACAUUUCUAAGAGAUUGGCUUUGAAAUCCAGGCAAUUUAUUAAAUUCCCUGCAUUAAAUGAAAGGGUUGAAACUAAAAGAAAAUUCUACCGAAUUGCAGGGUUUCCAGGUGUAAUUGGAUGUAUUGAUUGCACACACAUUCCAAUAAAAAAUCCAUCCAGAGCAAGGGGAGAAAUCUUUCGUAAUAGAAAAGGCUGGUUUUCUAUCAAUGUCCAAAUAAUAUGUGGACCGCAAAUGGAAAUAUACGACAUUGUUGUGCGAUGGCCUGGAUCUGUGCAUGAUUCGCGCAUAUUUAACAACAGCAGAUGCUGUUUGAGAUUUGAAGAAGGCGAUUUAGUUGGCAUUCUUGUCGGAGACAGUGGUUAUGCACAGACUGGCUUUAUGUACACUCCUGUACUCAAUCCUCAAACAGACCCAGAACACAGAUACAAUCGAGCACAUCUAUUAACGAGAAACAUUAUAGAACGUGUAAAUGGUGUAUUAAAGAGACGCUUUGCUUGUUUGUGUAGAAAAUUACAAAACAGUACACCAAACACAUGUAAUAUUAUAGUCUCUUGUGCUGUCCUACACAACAUUUGUUUAAUGACCAAUGAACCUGAGCUGAACCCUGAAAUUGAGCUAGAAAAUGUCCCAGUACCUAAUACUCAGGACUCUUCCAGAGGGAGUAUUAUAAGAUCGGCUUUUAUUUCUAGGCAUUUCAGUUAAAAAUUCUCAUAUGGGUAUCAUCAACCUACAGCAGUCCACUGCUGGACAUAGGCCUCUCCAAUUGCUCGCCACUGAGCACAAUCCUCGGCUUCCCUCAUCCAGCUCUUGCCAGCCACCCUGCACAGAUCAUCACUCCACCACUUCACAGUUUCGACUCAAGAACAUGUUUACCCUAACAGUUAUCAGUUGUCCGGCUAAUAUGGGUAUAUAAGUUGGAACCGAGCAGUGAGCACCGUUAUUGUAAUGCAGAUAGUAUUAAUUAUUUUGAAGAUGUAUGAUUAAAUUUGAUUUUGUUAAUUUUGAUAAUUUUUUUACCAAAAAAGUAAAUAGUACGAGGUUAGACUUUUGAAACUCCUUAUUUUAUUUAUCUACAUAAGAGUCAUAUUUUGCUUACUAUCUAAUAAAUAAAGUCAAUGUGA